AUAGAACCUCCGCGGCGCAUCAAAUCUCGUUUUCAUCAGACACCUCUUCUCUCCUUCUCUUUCUCUUCUUCCUCUUUACCGCUGCCAUCUCAGAAAAGGUCAAGACAGCGUCCGGCUCGAUGAUUCACCAUGUCAGACGCUGACUUCGACACUGUUAGAAGGCUUCAGGCCGAGCGGAAUGCCGCUGCGGCCGCCAAGAAUGGAUCUCGCGGUCGAGAUGCUAAGAACCAGCGAUCGGAGAGCUCGACCAAGGCGAAGCUGACCGAGUCCUUCGAUACCGAGCUGUACGGCCGCGAUGGGGAAGACAAGUAUGCGGGAUAUCUCACGUCGUUACCCGCCGGCGAAGCGGACGAUGAAGAGAUGGAGGAUGUCGACAGCUCGCGUCGUCUAGUCGGUCAAUACACGGCGACACGCGCGCAGAUCGACGAGUUCGCACACGGCCACGGCGUCGAGGAGGACGACCCGUUUGCUGGCCGCGGCGAGAACAGCACGAGGAUCAUCGACCGCGAAACUGACUACCAGAAACGUCGCUUCGAUCGCGUCCUUACCCCGACGAGAGCCGAUGCCUUCGCAGCUAAUCGCCAAGCCGGUGCCGCCGAGGAAGGGGAUACAUACCGAGAUAUCAUGGAGCGUCGGGAGCUAGAACGCGAGGAAGAGCGCGUCAAACGCGCCAUCCAGGCGAGGCGAGAAGGUAAAGACACCGACGGCGACCACCCGGCAACACUCAAAGACAGGGAUAAAGAGAACGCGGACGCCGGAUCUACCGAGACGGCAGCGGCCGGCCGGAAGCGGAAGAAGCGGUGGGAUGUGGCCUCGACAGCCGUGGAGGAACCCCAAGCAGAACCCGCCGAGGGGAAGCCCAAGCGAUCCAGAUGGGACCAGGCGCCGUCGCUGCCUGCUCCCGGUUCUGCCGAUGGAGCCAAGAAGCGAUCCAGGUGGGACCAGGCACCGUCCGCGACCCCGAUCGGUAACAGCGGUCUAGUCACGCCGAUGCACCCGUCCUCAAUCGGAGCCGGCGCUACUCCCGCCUACGCCCCCGACACGCCCACCCCCGGCGGCCUCGGCGAUGAAGAGCUGAACGCGCUGCUUCCCGGCGAAGAACAAGGCUACAAGAUUCUCGACCCGCCCCCCGGAUACACCAGCCGGGCCCCCCUCCACCGAGCCACUGCUACGCCGCUACCGCCGAGCUACAGCGGGUUCAUGAUGCAGGACCCUGACAGCACGAGGCUCGGCGGCAGCCAGAUGCCGAAAGAAAUCCCCGGUGUUGGGGAGCUGCAGUUUUUUAAGCAAGAGGAUAUGGCCUACUUCGGCAAGCUAGCGGACGGUUCUGACGAGAACAGUUUGAGCGUGGACGAGCUGAAAGAGCGCAAGAUUAUGAGGCUUCUCCUCAAGAUCAAAAACGGUACUCCUCCGAUGCGAAAGACUGCUCUUAGGCAACUCACCGACAAUGCAAGACAGUUCGGCGCCGGCCCCCUCUUCAACCAGAUUCUUCCCCUCCUGAUGGAGAAGACGUUAGAAGACCAGGAACGCCACUUGCUUGUCAAGGUAAUCGAUCGCAUUUUGUGGAAGCUCGACGACCUGGUUCGCCCAUACGUCCAUAAGAUCCUCGUCGUCAUCGAGCCGCUUCUCAUCGAUCAAGAUUACUAUGCCAGGGUCGAAGGCCGAGAGAUCAUAUCCAACCUCAGCAAAGCGGCUGGACUCGCUACCAUGAUCAGCACGAUGAGGCCGGAUAUCGACCACGUUGACGAGUACGUACGCAAUACUACGGCAAGAGCCUUCGCCGUCGUGGCCUCGGCACUAGGGAUCCCGGCCCUCUUACCCUUCCUACGCGCCGUAUGCCGAAGCAAGAAGUCAUGGCAAGCCCGUCAUACCGGCGUGAAGAUCGUACAGCAGAUUCCCAUCCUCAUGGGAUGCGCCGUCCUCCCCCAUCUGAAGGGGCUCGUGGACUGCAUCGGUCCUAAUCUCAACGACGAGCAAACCAAAGUACGGACUGUGACUAGUUUGGCUAUCGCUGCUCUCGCCGAGGCAUCUAACCCCUAUGGUAUCGAGAGCUUCGACGACAUACUUAACCCGCUGUGGACUGGUGCCCGGAAGCAGAGGGGCAAGGGCCUCGCCGGCUUCCUGAAAGCUGUCGGUUAUAUAAUUCCGCUCAUGGACGAGGAGUACGCGAACUACUACACCUCCCAAGUGAUGGAUAUUUUGCUCCGCGAGUUUUCGUCGCCGGACGAAGAGAUGAAGAAGGUCGUGCUGAAAGUCGUAUCACAGUGUGCGGGCACCGAAGGUGUGACGGCCGGGUACCUCAAAGAGCACGUCCUGGACGAGUUUUUCAAGAGCUUCUGGGUUCGACGGAUGGCUUUGGAUAAGCGAAACUAUCGACAAGUGGUCGAGACAACCGUCGACAUCGGUCAGAAGGUCGGCGCCAGCGAGAUCCUAGAGCGGAUCGUUGGUAACCUCAAAGAUGAGAGCGAGGCGUAUCGUAAGAUGACCGUCGAGACUGUCGAGAAGGUGGUCGCGAGCCUGGGAGCUGCCGACAUUGGCGAGAGAUUAGAAGAGCGGCUGAUCGACGGCAUCCUCCAUUCCUUCCAGGAGCAAAGCGUCGAGGACAUUAUUAUGCUAAACGGCUUCGGAACGGUUGUGAACGCCCUCGGCACACGCUGCAAACCGUAUCUGCCCCAGAUAGUGUCGACCAUCCUAUGGCGUCUCAACAACAAAUCUGCGACGAUCCGCCAGCAAGCCGCAGAUCUCAUCAGCCGGAUCGCGAUAGUGAUGAAGCAAUGUGGCGAGGACGCGCUUAUGGGCAAGCUAGGCGUCGUUCUCUACGAAUACCUCGGAGAAGAGUACCCCGAAGUGCUGGGUUCCAUCCUCUCGGCGCUGCGUAGCAUCGUCACCGUCGUCGGUAUCAGCCAAAUGCAACCGCCUAUCAAGGAUCUACUGCCACGUCUUACCCCCAUCCUACGAAACCGGCACGAGAAGGUCCAAGAAAACACGAUCGACCUCGUUGGUCGCAUCGCCGACCGCGGGCCGGAGAGCGUCAACGCGAGAGAGUGGAUGCGCAUCUGCUUCGAACUACUAGACAUGCUGAAAGCGCACAAGAAGGGCAUCCGAAGAGCAGCCAACAACACGUUCGGUUUCAUCGCCAAGGCUAUCGGGCCGCAGGACGUGCUAGCUACCUUGCUGAACAAUCUCCGAGUUCAAGAACGGCAGUCGCGGGUCUGCACAGCCGUCGCCAUCGGCAUCGUCGCCGAGACGUGCGCGCCGUUCACCGUCCUCCCCGCCCUGAUGAACGAGUACCGGGUGCCGGAACUCAACGUGCAGAACGGCGUGCUCAAGUCCCUCUCCUUCCUCUUCGAGUACAUCGGGGAGAUGGCCAAGGACUACGUCUACGCGGUGACGCCGCUCCUGGAAGACGCGCUGAUCGACCGCGACCAGGUGCACCGGCAGACGGCGGCCUCGGUGGUGAAGCACAUCGCGCUGGGCGUCGUCGGCCUCGGGUGCGAGGACGCGAUGGUGCACCUGCUCAACCUGCUGUGGCCGAACCUGUUCGAGACGAGCCCGCACGUCAUCGACCGCAUCGUCGAAGCCGUCGAGGCCAUCCGGAUGGCGGUCGGGCCGGGCCUCGUGAUGAACUACGUCUGGGCCGGCCUGUUCCACCCGGCUCGCAAGGUGCGCCAGCCCUACUGGCGGCUCUACAACGACGCCUACGUGCAAGGAGCCGACGCCAUGGUCCCGUACUACCCGAACCUCAACGAGGAAGGCAUCGACAGGCCAGAGCUGGCGAUCGUGCUAUAGAGAGGGACACAACAGAGGAUACGGCAGGACUUUUUAUUUAUUAAUCUACUAUUCUAUCUCAUCAUUCAUCUUUCCUCCUCCUCCUCCCCCUAACGGUAUGGAGGGGGGGUUAAGGGGAGGGAGCAGUGUGGGGGAGGGAGAGAGGGGGGGCGCCAUUCUGUCACGGUUAAGAAUAUCAAGCUCGGGAGUCUGGUAGUGAUUGGUGUACAGUAGAGAGAGGGGGCAGAGAGAGAGAAAAGAGGGGAAGAAUAGGGAUACAAAAGCAGUUUUUUUUUAUCUUACCUCUUUUUACUUGUAGUAUGAAGACGAAAAGGAGAAUAAAGCUUUUCUAUCCCUAACUUACUGUUCGCGAUACGCUUCUGUGUGUGGUGUGUGUGUUUCCGUUUGACAAGCCCACGGAAGUCAACUCAAGUGAAGUAGGCGUAGUCGUCAGUCUCGACUGGCACGAUGGUUAAAGGGGACCGGGCUCGACUCGGCUGGACUCGACUCGACUCGACCUACUCGUAGACCCGAGGCAGGGUGGUAAGGACGAACCGGAAAGGCGGGAGCUGAGCGGGAAGAGGGAGAGAGGGAGGCAGCGAGCAGACAGACAGACAGACCUGCGCGCCCGUUGCGCGCUGGACUAGCGGUGGACGGACGGACGGCCAGACGGGCGAAUGACGGGACAGCCGUGCC